CGAAAAUUAUUGGCCUGAGUUGGGGCAUGGCAAAUGCCGCCAUGGGGCUACUGUUGAUAGGAUUUGUUUUGUUGUGAUGAUAGAGACCAAUAAAUUUCUAGUCUGUCUGUGUUGACAUGAAAAUUCUGCAGGAUGGACAAAGUGAAAAAGUAUUGGCAAACAGUUAUAAAAGAGAGAGAGGGCUACUGGAACUCUUUGUUUAGCAAGUAUGAAGAAGAAAAGGAAGGUGUUGAUCUUCGAUCGUAUAUCGAUAAUAGCUCAUCAAGGAUUUACAACUUGUUGCAGCUAGCAGUUGGUAAUGAGGAGGAUGCCACUUCAGAACAUCCAUGUACCAAAGUGACACAAUACCAUGAAGAGCAGCCUUGUGAUGUGAAAGAUGCUAACAUUCAACUUUGUGAUGAUGGAAACCAAGCAGAGGCAAAACAAAGAGAGUUGACAAAUUCAAAUCAUCCAGUUGCACAAGUGAAAAGGGCAAAGCCUGCAUAUGUUGUCGAAAUUACAGCAGAUGAAGAAGAUGAAAAAUGGAAGUUAAUUUUACACUCAACUAAAAAAUUGAAACUAUGUGAUUCCUCAAUGAAGACUAAACAUGAUAUGGAUGACUUUGUCACUGAUGAUCAGUCAUCUCAAGUCAUCUCAAGUGGAAGUCCUCUUAGCGAAGCCUUAAAUGAAAGCUUUGCAACAAACGUCUCUAAGCAAAGUGAGCCGUUAAGAUACGUUUGUCGCCGUUUUAAACCAGGUAGCUCUAACGCACCAUCUCCGAAAAGAUUCAAGCUUGUUUAAGCAAAUUUUAUUUUUUCUGCUUCUUCAUACCUAAAGUCACAUAGUUUCAAAUUUGAUCUAACCCAUCAUGUUGAAUCAUUUUAAAAUUUCACAACAAAAGCUAAUGUGCACGAAUAAAUUACCAAACAUUGUCAA